AUGAGUAGCAACACUUCGUCUUUCAGUCUUUUAGAUGAAGUAGAAUUAAAUGAGCAUAGUAAGCUUAGAUUCAUUCAAAAAAUGAACAUCGCGUUACUGGGGAAUUCAGGAGUUGGAAAAACCUGCAUUAUUUAAUAAUAUUGUAAAAAUGAAUUUAGAGAUUUAACAGCUAUGACAUGCUGCAUAGAUUUUGCUAAAAAAUAAUUUGAAGAUUUUCUUUUAUGCGUUUUUGAUACAGCUGGAAGUGAGAGGUACAGAGGCCUUGCUACUAGUUACCUAAAAAAUCAACAUGCUGUGAUUAUAGUUUAUGAUGUUACAGACCCGAAAUCAAAAAGAGAUGUAAUUAACUGGAAGAAUAUCGCUGAAUCCUUCUCUCCAAGCAUUCCAAUAAUAAUUAUUGGAAAUAAAGUUGAUUUAAUUUCUAACGAAGAGCUCAAAAGCAUGCAGCAAGAACAAAAUGCUUAUAUCUUUAAUAAGACUUUUUUUACUUCUGCUUUACUAAACUAAGGUCUAGAUGAUGCAUUUAACUACAUCAUAAAUCAGGCUAAAAAUAAAUUAAAUCAAAGUGUAAUUUGCUCACCUAAAAAAUUCAAAAAAAACAUUAAAAAUGAUGAAAAUCAAAAAAAAAAUGCAAAUAAUUGCAAAUGCUGA